UCAGCCCUGGCGGGUUGCCCCAGCCGGUGGGCGGCGCCGGGCGGUGAGAGGCUAGGGAAUACCUCACCCACCCGUCCCGGCCCCCCUCCUCGGGGUCUAUAUAGGGGCAGCACGGCGCAGCACGAAUCCCGCGGCAGGCAAGAUGGCGGCCGCCGCCACCACGGAACCCUUGCAGCCACCGAAGCUGUCGCAACUGCUGGAGCGGGACCCCUACCUGGCCCCCUUCAAGACGGACUUCCAGCGCAGGUAUUCUCUGUUUUAUAACCGCUUGAAGAACAUUGAAGAAAAUGAAGGAGGCCUUGAUAAAUUUACAAAAAGUUACAAAACCUUUGGAAUAAACCAAUCUGUGGAUGGUGGAAUAUAUUGCAAAGAGUGGGCACCGGGAGCAGAAGCUGUGUUUCUCGCAGGUGACUUCAAUGGCUGGAAUCCAUUUUCUCAUCCAUAUAAGAAGCUGGAAUAUGGGAAGUGGGAGUUGUUCAUUCCACCUGGACAAGAUGGCCGCCCUCCUGUGCCCCAUGGUUCAAAGCUAAAGGUGGUGAUUCGUGCUCAAAAUGGUGAACUCCUGUAUCGUAUUUCACCUUGGGCAAGAUAUGUAAUUCGUGAUGAAGAUAAAGUGAAUUACGACUGGGUACACUGGAAUCCACCACAGUCAUAUAUACAUAAGCAUCCUUCUCCCAAGAGAUUAAAAAGCCUAAGAAUCUAUGAAUCUCACGUGGGAAUUGCUUCCCCAGAAGGGAAAGUAGCUUCUUAUAAAAACUUCACAUACAAUGUACUACCUAGAAUAAAGGAUCUUGGAUAUAACUGUGUCCAACUGAUGGCUAUUAUGGAGCAUGCAUACUAUGCUAGUUUUGGUUAUCAGGUCACAAGCUUCUUUGCAGCAUCAAGCCGAUAUGGAACACCAGAUGACCUGAAAGAAAUGAUUGACGUUGCUCACUCAAUGGGCAUCACUGUUCUGCUGGAUGUUGUGCACAGCCAUGCAUCAAAAAACUCUGAAGAUGGUCUCAAUAAAUUUGAUGGUACAGAUUCUUGUUUCUUCCAUUCUGGUCCUAAAGGAAAUCAUCAGCUUUGGGAUAGCAGGCUUUUUGACUAUGCAAACUGGGAAGUUUUGAGAUUCCUUCUGUCUAAUUUGAGAAUGUGGAUUGAAGACUAUCGCUUUGAUGGCUUCCGAUUUGAUGGUGUUACAUCUAUGUUGUAUCACCAUCAUGGGAUUGGCACAGGAUUCAGUGGAGAUUACAAUGAAUAUUUUGGCCUACAUGUGGAUGAAGAUGCUUUGUGUUAUCUAACACUGGCCAAUCACAUGAUUAAUUCCUUGCACCCAGAAUGCAUAACAAUAGCAGAGGAUGUUUCUGGAAUGCCAGCUCUUUGUCGUCCUGUUGCAGAGGGAGGUGGAGGUUUUGAUUAUCGCCUAGCCAUGGCUAUUCCAGACAAGUGGAUACAGAUCAUUAAGGAGCUGAAAGAUGAAGACUGGAAUAUGGGCAAUAUUGUUCAUACACUAACAAACAGACGGUAUGAAGAAAAAUACAUUGCAUAUGCAGAGAGUCACGAUCAGGCACUUGUUGGUGAUAAGACAUUGGCAUUUCGACUGAUGGAUGCAGAGAUGUAUACAAACAUGAGUGUGCUGUCGCCUCUUACUCCAAUUAUUGAUCGUGGGAUACAGCUUCAUAAAAUGAUUCGUCUCAUUACUCAUUCGCUUGGAGGAGAGAGCUAUCUGAACUUCAUGGGUAAUGAAUUUGGACAUCCAGAAUGGCUUGACUUCCCCAGAAAAGGGAAUAAUGAGAGCUACCACUAUGCCAGAAGACAGUUUAAUCUUACUGAGGAUCAUCUUCUUCGCUAUAGAUUCCUAAAUGCAUUUGAUAGAGAUAUGAAUAAACUGGAGGAAAGAUUUGGCUGGCUUGCAUCUCCCCAGGCCUAUGUGAGUGAAAAGCAUGAAUCCAAUAAGGUCAUAGCAUUUGAGAGAGCAGGUCUCAUUUUUAUUUUCAACUUCCAUCCAUAUCAGAGUUAUGUGGACUACAGAGUGGGUAUUGAAACUCCAGGAAAGUAUAAAAUUCUUCUGGAUUCUGAUGCUGAAGAAUAUGGAGGGCAUAAAAGGCUGGACCACAGUACAGAGUACUUCUCUGAAGGAUAUCCUCACAAUUACCGACCUAAUUCACUUAUGGUGUACAUUCCAAGCAGAGUGGCCAUUGUCCUUCAGAAUAUGGAUAUCCCAAAAUGAAGUCCUCUGUAACUCUCUACUGAAGAAGCAAGUCAUAGAAGUGCUGAUACACUGUACUAGUACUAAGUAUAACAGAACUUGCUCUAAGGAAGCUUUCUGAAACUAAGUGUAGUAAUAUUAGGUGUUUAAAAUGUAAGAUUAAUAUUGAGAUAUAAUUGCAGAGCUCUUGACUUGCUAGAAUAUCUUUUGAGGAAACUUUACAAAAGAGACAGAAUGGAAAACAUUGUAGUUCUAGUAGUGCAAAAUUACAUUAAAGAUACUGCAAAGCAGCAGGUAUUCUCAAUUAAAUUGUUUACAGAAUUUUAUCGGGAAUGACAAGAGUGAUCCUGCUCUGAAGCUUGUAAUUCUUGUAAUCCUCAUUUUGACAGUGAAUUCAAAUGUUUGUUAUAUAUUAACGCUUCUUACUGAAAGUAAGUAGUUUGCUUAAAUAAAACAGGAGUUUUUGGCUAAAAGGCAGCCUUAACGGUUUGUGGGACCUAAUUUGAGGCUCCUCUUCUUCAGUGAAGUCCAACAUGGAAUUAGAAGUCUUUAUCCAAGUGGAUGAGAAGGUCCUCUGAGAGUAUUUUACUUAGCUGGUUUUUAUUUAAUUAAAAUUGCUCAAAAAUGCUGAACAGAAAAAUGAACAGGCCAAUUGACUGGUGACUUGCUCAUGCUGUUGUGUGUGUUGCUUAUUUACUCCCAAUCAAACCACUUAGUCUGUGCAUCUCACUUGCUAAAGUUAAGAAAAAAGACACAAAUAUUUUAUUUAGAUGACUAAAAUGUUCAGUGAGAAGAGUGUUUUGUUCUUACUGUAAUAAUAUCAUACUAGAAGAGGUACUUAAAAGGUAAUUCCUCCCAAUGCAUUUAUUUCACUAUUGUCAGGACCUUGCAAUACAGAUUUCACAAUUUCCAGAAGCUGCCUUUCAGCCUGGAACAUGAUGAUGUUCUUGCACUUUUAUAACUUUUGAAACAUUGCUUCUCAUGAAGAAGCAGUCUCAAAACACAGUGAUCAAACUAAGAUGUUUUUCAGUAAAAUCAAGGUAGUCAAUUACUGGAGUGCUACUAAGAUUAUUCAAGUGAGUUCUUUCAUGAGCUACAACUUCUUUGUAAAGAGUAAGAUUUUGUAUAUUUGAAAAUGUAUUGGAGAGUAUUCUGGAAAAUUAAUACCAAAUUAACAGGACAUGCUUUUUGUUCCAUUUAUUUUAAAAUAUUUGAAUUGGUUCUGAAAUGAAUGUCUUUUGUACAAAUCAGAAUUUUCUAACUUUUAAAGUAGCCAAAGAGGAAGAUGUCUGUGACCAUUUCCAAGUCAUAAUUUUGCCCAGUUUCCUAUGUGAACCAUUGUGUCAAUUACUGAAAAGUUGUGCCAACACUCAAAAUCUAUUCACAGUUCUUGGAAUGCUUACUUGUGGCUUACUACUUAAGCAAAUUAAGGGAUAGAAUAAUGCAGCAUGAUGGAAAACAGUCUUUUGCACAGUUCGCACUGAAAGGAUUUUAUGAACAUCCCCAGACUGCUGUGUUCUGUGUGACAAAAGAAUUUUACAUUGUAGAUUAGUACCAUGAUACUGUUUAGGAUCAUGCUUCAUUGUCCUCUAUGCUGGUUUGGUGAUGGGCUAAUAAAAGCAUUCCUAUUACACUAGGACUUAAAGAAAAUACACUGAACUGUUUUAGCAACUGGAACUUUUUUUUCCAGAUUGUUUUCCUUGUAGUGAAAUAAUGAGCAACUUCUAAUACAUGUUAUAUCUACAUUCUAUUGAUCUAAUAUGUUUUAUAGGGUGGUUUUGGGUUUUUUUUUGAACUGGUACCAAUUCCAGGUUUCAAAAACAUAAUGCAAGGCAAAUGUCUGUGUCAAACAUUUUUUCAAGAGAAGGAAUAAAUGUAUGAUGUGAAGUAUAAACUGUAAAAUUAGAUGCAAAAUAAACUCUGAGGAGGAUAAAACAAAUGCAUACAUGGUUUCAUUGCUUGUAUUGUAAAAUGAUUAUAAAGUAGUCCUAAUAUUGGAGGAGAGUAUUAGGUUUUUUUCUAUCUUGAAAUGAGGAACUUGCUUUGGUCAAAAGCAGUCUGAUGAGAUUGGCAGAGUAUUUGUCCUACACACAUUUUUAUUUUGUGUAGUGAGAGAUUAAUGAAAGCAGACUGCAAGACUUGAAAGAUAAACAUGUAAAUACAGGAAGUGUAAUAUUUAGGGCUUUUUUGGAGUCUACAUUCCAAUGGUGGCUGUGCUGCUGCCUGUUAUGUAAGACUGGACAAUUUUCUCUUGCAAUACCAAUGGAAAGUCAAUUUCUUCUUCCAACUCUCUAUAUUCUGAUUGAUUCUGAGGAGGAAUUCAGCUCCAGUCAAUUCACUAGCUGUCUAGCAUCACACUCAGGUUGCAAGACCUCGACCAAGGUCCCUCCUUCAGGUAAUGCCCUGAGGCUUGCCUAUCAUCAUGACUGUUUGAAACCUCAGACACAUUCUGAGCAGCACAUGAGCUCCACAGGUGCAUUUUGCUUGGAUGCAUCUCAAAUUGACAUUCUUAAGUCAAAUAUGAUAGUUAAGCUCUGUCAUAGGAGUAAAUUAAGUGGUACAUGGUGAUGUAUCCCAGGACAUAAAGCUCUCCACAAAGACUUAGAUAUCAUGGGAGAAUUCCUUUGAAGAUAAUCUCUCUUUGUGUAAAGGACUGAUAACGAUUUAUAUUUCCACACUAAGAUAUACUUCCCCAUCACUUGAAAGAGUAAUGGUAACUCUUAGUAGCUCUGGCUCCAGAAAUUGUUAUUCCAUGAUCUCUAUAACAGUCCAUGAGAAUUCAAGUUCAUCCUCACCUGACAGUUUAUCUAAAGAUUCAGGCUGACCUUUUCCCUAUCUUGCAUCAUGUGUGCCGAAUGGUUCUCUGAUCUGAAUAACUCAACAUUCUUCUCCAGACCAGGUUAUUCUGAUAACAGACAGGCAUAUGUUAAACUGACAUAUUCUAAAGGCAGUAAGAUCCUUGUUGUUUUAUUCUCCUCCCACAAUUCAAGUCUUACUGUCCUGAGAUUUAUUUUGAAGUGGAGGGAUUGUUUCAGCUUGGUAAGUACUUCUGAAAAACAGAUUUUAGUACAAAAAUUGUUUGACCUUUCUGUUUGGUUGGUUUGUUUUUUGCUCCUAUGAAAUUUGUCUUGCUUAUUAUAUUCAGUUUAGCAGAGACCAUGUGCUCUGAAAGAAAGGAAUCCAAUAUAUCUAAUCCUCUGACAAAGGGAGAGCAGCUGUAUGAAGGUAUCCGUUUUUAGAGCUUAAAAAUAACUUCACUAUUUAAGUAGUGAAA